AUAAAAAUUAGAUCUUUUGAUCACCCAUUUUUGGAAAACCGUUUUUUGGAGCUUCCGCCUUACACACGGAAGAUUGGAUUGCCUGAAUCACGAGUCUUAUAUACUGUGUUACGAUCACCUCAUAUUGAUAAAAAGUCCAGAGAACAAUUUGAAAUGGAAAUAAAGAAACAAUUUUGGAUCAUAAAAACAGAAAGGCAUGAAUUGCGCAAGAAGUUAUUUCGGUUAAAACGCCGUGCGACUCGGAGGACAUAAGACUUCUUGGUCAAGCCAAAAAGAUUGCCGACUGGAUGCUCCUACCCCACCAUGCCUGGCCCUUUACCUUACCUUAAGAAGAAAAAGAGGAGGUAUGAAGCGUGGGAAAAAAUGCAAGAAGUGUAUACGAUAGAAGAGCUUAAGGAGUGGCGGCAAAUCUCUUAAUUGAUCAACGCGAGUGAACUGUGCUUAGACGCUUCGUAAAACCGCACCGAUCUACGAGAGGAACUGAUAGAUGAGUAGGCUUCCCCUUUCGAUCGCGAAAUGUGAUCUAGGACACGAUGGGAGUUUGCGUGCCUCGGUAGGAAAGAGAUCGCCGGAGUAUAGCACAAGAUCGCCCUUUCUUGCUGCCAUGGGGUCGACCUGUGAACAAGGUAAACCCAAUGGGAACCAAAAACGGGAGGUACCGCAUUGGGCAGAAGACGAUCCAAAAAGCGAAGGCUCGCCCAGCUGAAGGAAGGGGCUUUGGAAACUUACCUUAUUAUUAAAAGGGGAAAGGGACAACCCCUCUUACUAAUAAUAAGAAGGGGGUGAGAUAGGCAAAAGGUAGCUUGCUUCCAAGCCGGCCCGACCGCGAGGAAUCAAGAUAUUUUUGCCGGUGCUGACUUGGAUCUCGGGUGACAGAAUAAGGCGGCCAGAAGCGACGAGCAAUUGCGGUCGAAGCUUGGCUACAGCGAAGCGCUUACCGAGCGCGAAGGAAAGGGCCUUCGCCACUUGAGCCGUAUGCGGGGGAACUCGCACGUGCGGUUCUUAGUGGGGGGGAAAGCUAGUAGGAGCCAUCCCACAUCCCAAUAGCGUAUAUUUGGAGCUCAAUAUGAAAUCCUAUUUUCUUGCAAGACCCGUUUGGAUAAGGGAAAACUCCAGAGAUUGCUUCGAAGUAAGAUCCUUGCCUUGACCCUUUCCUGA